AUGCUUUAAGGAUAGCAUUAACAUUCUGAUUUCAUAGCUGUUAUACUUGUUUAUGGAAUUAUUUUCAGUGAAUAUUAUGCUUUUGUAUUUAUCUUCCUACCUGCAUUCCUUAAUAAAGUAAUUUGUUUUUCCUUAAAAUUAGCAUGGUCAUGUUUCUUAUUUGAUUGGAAUAGAAUUUACAAUAAUUUUCAUUUUCUUAAAUUUCUCUUACAUCAUGAUUUAAUAUGUCAAACCAGGAUAUCCUCCAAAAGAUUUAGUAUUUAUUUUUCAAAAGAAAUAGGCUAAACAUUAUCAUGAAAAAACAUUGGAAGAUAUCAAAUAAAGAACAAAAAAAAUGACUGAAAAAAUUAAUAAACAUAGAUAAAGAAGAAUGUAAAACAAUAUUGAAUUUCAUGAUGAGAAUGAUGAUGAAAUUGUAAUAAAAUAAUUUUAUAAUAUGGUUCCAGCGAUAUUAUUUAAGUAUUAUAAUUAGUUUCAUACUGCUUUAAAUGUGAGAAUAUAAAAUUACCAAGAACACAUCAUUGUAAAGAAUGCAAUAAAUGCAUAUUAAGAAUGGUAAAUAAAUUUAUAAUAAUUAGGAUCAUCAUUGUCCCUGGGUGAACAAUUGUGUUGGCUUGAAAAACCAUAGAUAUUUUU